AAAAGUAUCCUCCGAUCCUUAUUCGAAUCGAAUUCUUCGUUCCGUAAUGUAAAAGGGCAGUAUGCACGAGCAGGACGCUUCCAGGUACAGCAGAGUUUCUGCUUACAUUUUUCCACAAAACAUUUCAAUGGAUCAAAGAAUUUCUCAACGAUGCGACUCGACAGCGCAUGAGGUAACGCAUCAGCUGGAAGAUGAUGAUCACGUACUGACAGAACGCAUCGCCAAUCGGAAGGGCUUAGCCUAUCGUAUGCGCCGCUGGUUUCUAAUAGACCGCCAACAUCCGAGCUCGGCACUGCACUUCCGAUCGCACUAUCUCUAUCGACGCGAGCUGGCUCGCCAAGUACGCAGCAAGUUUUGGUACAUCAUCCAUCCGUUCAGCCAGUUCCGAUUCUAUUGGGAUAUGUGGCUGAUCGUGUACUACUAUGCCAUAGCCCUGCUGUUUCCAUUCUUUUUCUGCUUCACCAAGCUGGUGCGAGUUCGUGGCAGAGCGUACGUCAUUUCGAUGUUUCUAAACUUCAUGGGCACGUUGGAUUUUGCGGUGCAUUCCUGUACCGGUUACCUGGAAGAUCAAUCGAACAGAGAGGUCAUUUUGCACCAUGGCAAAAUUCUGCUAAACUAUCUGAAGAGUGACAUGAUCGUCGACAUACUGGUCAUGGUUCCUUCGACACUGCUGGUGGGAAUGUACUCUGAAAACUCGAACCGCGCAAUACCGGAAACCCUGCUCAUGGACAUUGUGCACGGUACACUGAUGCUGAAGAUCAUUUCUUUGCGCCAUAUUUGGGGCUAUUUGGAAAAUGUUUUUGAGCGUUACAAAAUUGAUCUGCUCAAUUACUACGUUCUCCGGGUGGUACUGACCUCGGUGCUGAUUGUGCACUGGUGCAUAUGUAUCUACAAAAUUGCCAUAUUCGAAUGGGACGUGGAAGUGGCCGAGGAAGGAUUAUCGUACAUGGAAGCGCUUUAUCAGUAUGCAGUGUGUCUCUAUUCCGUUUCCUGGUUCAUGUUUGCGUACAGUUUCAUUGAACGCGACAUUCCUGGCGAUGCUCGGGCAAAGGCAUUCAGCACGGCAUGCAUUGUGAUUGGAUACAUGUUUAAGCUUUUCAUCUUUCUGCAAAUAAUCAAUCUGGUCGAGAUUAUGAGCUCCAUGGACAGGAAGUAUGCUGAGGUUACAAAUCAGCUGCAAACGUAUGUCCGCACAAAACAGCUCCACACGGCCGACAUGAAGCAAAGGCUACUGUACUACUACGCAAAGCGAUAUGAAAAUUGUUUUUUCCAAGAGGACAUCAUAAUGGAAAGCUUGUCCGACACACUUAAGAAGCGAAUCACUGACUACAGUGCAGCAAACUUCUUGAAAACGGUGAAAAUAUUCGAUGGCAUCCCAAUCGACGUCCUGCUUCCACUGAUGGGGAAAAUGACCAAAGAGAUAUAUCUUCAGGAUGAUCUGAUCAUCAAGGCUGGCUCGUACGGAGACAAGAUGUACUUCAUAAUGGUCGGCAUGGUAGCGGUGUAUACUCACAGUCGCAAAGAAAUUUGUCACUUGUCCGAUGGCGAUAACUUUGGCGAAGUGUCGAUGUUUACACGCAAAAAGCGGAUUGUGAGCGUGGUAGCGGUAGAGUUCACACAAGUGUACGUGGUCGAACGAAUGGCGUUCAAAAGUCUGUUUCCCGCCGAUCAUGCUGUACAUCAACGCCUGCAGGAGCUGGCCAAUAAACGCUUGCAGAUCACGCUAGUGUUCGAAGAACAGCACAAGAACCAUCUGCUAAAGAUGGGAAUGAAUCAAAAUGAGAUCAAGAUCGGGAUAUGAUGCUGGGACGGUGCAGCGCCAAAAGGUGAGGUACGCCUGAUGUGUAAAAUCGAUAAUGUUUUUGACACCUCUGGUAGUGCACGCAUGAAGGCAAAUUGGACCAGCUUUUGUACUGAACGAAACGUUCUGGUUGAAGCAUAAUUGAGGAUGCACGUGGCGCAAGGAUUGGGCAAAGGAGUUUGGUAGGACGAAGCACAAGAACACAUGUCAAUUAUACCACACUUGAUACGUUUGAGCGCUUGAUGAUUUCUUUUUAAUUUUUCAUGCAAAUGAGAAAGUUUUCUUAAAACUUUUCAACUUGCUCUCUAACCCGUCGAAAUCCUAGGACUCUUUUACUUAGUGAGAAUAUAUCUUUGCACAGGAUACAAAAAGGCUUGUCCUAG